AUGUUUAUCGAAGCUGGAGGUAAUGACGAGCUAAAGAUACUGCUACCCCCUCCAAGAAGGCUUGCACAAGCACGGCGCAACGACAGGCCGCUCGUAUUCAGCGUAGUCAAGCAAGGCGGACGCCAAUGGGCUAGUUCCCCGUUCCCCGUUACAAAGAGGCGUUCCUUGUGCAACGGGGACAAGGCUUGCUGGGGGCCCCGUCGAGCGGGUCUAUCCGCUCUGUUCGACGGGCCGGGCUGCGCGGGGGGACAGGUCUUUGCUCAUGGAGUCACGCGGCGACGGAUAAGGCACUGGGGCGUCUGGCUGGGGUGGUAUGCGGGAUGGUCGACGGUGAUGCAGCUAGCCGCAACUUCUGAGCUUGUUCGCAUUUGGUACUGGGGCGCACAGAGUUUUGUUUUGUCGUCGGCGAUUCGGAUAUGA